UACCUCGGAACUUUUUACUGGGUGGACCGAUUUCGAUGAUUUUUUUUUAAUCAAGAGGUGGUGCGUGUCAUGUGGUCAUAUGUAAUAAAUUGUACAAAUACCUCUCAUUUGACUAACUUGAUCAAUUAUCUUCUUUAAAUUUGAUAUUUCUGCCUCUAUUUCCAUUUUAGCGAUAUCAAAAAAAUCGGGAUCAUCCAUAAACUCUGAUAAAUUAAUCAUUUUAGUAGUUUCUUUUUUACUAUAUUAAAUAUUUUGUUAACUUAUUUCCCGCGUAGUAACUAUUUUUUUUUUUUUUUAAUUUCGAAUACGGCACAAAUCUAAAACGAUUCAGCCCUAUUUUUUUUUUCUUUUUUUAUAAAUAAAUGGAGUUUACCUAUUAUAAAGAAAAAUCGUUUAACAUCAAUCAAAUUCAUUUACAAAAAAUAGGUAAAAAUAAUAGAACUAUCGAAAACGCUAUUUAACGAAACAGGUCAAUCGACACGAUCAAUUACGGAGCAUUUCGAUUCUCAAUUUAAAAAAAAAAUGUUACAAAUAAAUCAGUAAAGAGAACAAUGCCAAUCAUCGUGUCGAGCGAACUAAAUCUGCUUUUGGAUGAGUUUUGGUAUGCCGCGUCACUGAAUGUCAUUGUAUUUAUAAAUAAGAUCAGCUCCAGAAAUAGGUGGCUACAGGUUUUCCAGGCGUACCGACUAAAAUAAAGCAGCCUGGAUUCGUUAAACAAUAAUAUUGUUCGCGCCGUUCGUCCAGUCAUUGUGGGACUAUCAAACGCACGGCCACAAGAUGGACGACGAUUCGCAACAGUUUUCUUUGCGGUGGCAUAAUCACGAGACGAGCGUGGUUGGCGCCUUAGGGCGCAUGCUGACGACAGGAGCCCUGAGUGACGUGACGCUGAGCGCCAGCGGAGCCCUGCUGCGAGCACAUAAGCUGGUUCUAGCUGCUUGCAGCCAGUAUUUCGCACAAUUGUUUAAAGAAGUAGAUGCGGAAAACAACAGUCUUGUUGUGGUACUGGGUUGUGAGGCAGCUGAACUGAGACUACUUCUGACGUUUAUGUACACGGGAGAAGUGACAGCUUCAAGACGCUGCCUACCUGCUCUACUGCGGUUAGCGCACACGCUGCAAGUUUCUGGACUGACUGAUGCUGAUAAUAAUCCACAUCUAAACCAACCACAAGAAGUGACAAACGAACCGACAUCCCCAAUAAAUCUUGAAAAGUCUGACUCGCCGGAUUUCAUCACACACGAGGACCAAGCUGACACAAUAAGGACGCUUGACAUUAGAAAAGGACAAGAUAGCAAUGAAACGGAUAGAAAUAAGGACAAAAUCAGUAAACUGGAUCAGAUUGUAAAGAAUUUAUACAGUACCCAUCGAGUCGGCAGCUUUGUACCUGAAGUGACAACACCACCGAUAUCCAUUUUAGGAGAAACAUCGGACUUCGAAAGGAAAUGGCGGUCGAACAGCUCAGUGUGCACGAUAUGCGACAAGCGCCUCAGCAACCAGUACAACCUGCGCGUGCACAUGGAGACGCACGCGGGGCGGCGGCACGCGUGCCGCGCCUGCAGCCACGUGUCGCGCUCGCGGGACGCGCUCCGCAAGCACGUCGCCUACCGCCACGCGCCCGCGCUCCGGGGCCGCCGCGCCUGA